AUGGGUACGACGCCAAGUCGAUAUGAAGAUCUAUCCCAGAACAUGCACCUGGAGAGGUUCUGUGGGAGACAAAGCAUACCUGCGAACGAUAUAUUCUGGAACAACUUUCUGUCUUACAAUAUGCGACCGCCUAUCACAAGGAACGAUCAGAUAGAGCUCGACUCUCGGUUGGAUAUAUCGUGCCAGCAGUUACUGGUCAAUAAUUUGACUACUGGCAACUUUGGUACUUUGAUACAAGUAUCUCUCAUACGUAUCAAUCAGUUGCUUGCACCUGUUCAAAAUCAAAACAUAUUAUCGGCAUGGCAGACGUACAACGCGCUGUUUGCCGUGAGAUGCAUUUUAAAAUACCUCAUCGAGACAGUCGGCGAGGAGGAAAUGCUGAAGUACAUCGAGGCACCACAGAUAACUGCGGCGAACGAGGCGCUGUCCUCUCUGAGGCUGGAAGAAUUUUUCGAAGCACUGAUAGAACUUAUUACAGAUGUACCUUUAUGUGAAUUUACAUACGUCGUUCACUUGGAGGCGAUCAAUUGUUUACUAGUGCUACUGUCGGUGCAGUUGUUCUCCAACACCGCCGCCGAAUACAGCACCGUGUACAGGAUAGCGAUGCACGCGCACUCGAGCCGACACGCAUCCGCUGUGGUGUGCACGCUGCUGCAUAAUUUUAUCCAACAGGAACACGCCCCGCCGGGAUUGCUGACGCAGCAACCCGGUGGUAGUAUCGUAUUCAGCAUCGCAGCUGGAUUGUGGAACGUGAUACGGAUGGGUAUAGGCAGUGGGUCGAAGAACGUGCAGAUCGCGCACAACGGCGCUGCCGAGGACGAGGAGAGGAAGCGCGACACGGAGACUCCGCUCGCUAGUCAAUCUCUGUUGCUUCUGUUGGUUCUCACGAAUCACUGUACCGCCGUGCAAAACCCGUACAGAAAGGCCCUUUUCUCCUUUAUAGAUAUGCAAGAGGAUUACGCUACGUCGCAGUCAAAGGCAACUGAUACUUUCAAGUUUAAUUUAAAUAAAUUAUAUAGUACUAUUUGUAAGAUACCAAAUACGGAUGAAAUCACGCUUCUGCUCUACAUGCUGUUGCAUCGGAACUCGAGUGUGAAGCAAGACAUAAUGAGGAGGCCGGACAUACAAUUAUUGGUAACUCCGAUAUUACAAAUAUUGUAUCACGCACCAAACAACACGUCGCAUCAUAUUUACAUGUCUCUCAUCAUUCUAUUAAUUUUAAGCGAAGAUGAAACAUUCAAUAAACGGAUACACGAAAUUAUGCUGAAAGGUGUAACGUGGUACACUGAGAGAUCCAUAAGCGAGAUAUCAUUAGGCGGUCUUUUAAUUCUCGUUGUGAUUCGUACGAUACAGUAUAACAUGUUUAAAAUGAGAGACAAGUAUCUUCAUACAAACUGUCUAGCAGCCCUGGCAAAUAUGUCUGCCCAAUUCACAUCGUUACAUCCAUACGUCAGUCAGAGAUUGCUGAGUCUGUUUGAGACCCUCGCGAAAAAGCACACGCGAUUAGAAGCAAGAAUACGAGCGGAAAUACCGGCUCGUGAGGAAAGUGUUAUUAAUUUGACUGUUAAUUUAACUGUUAAUGGAGUUGCGAAUACAGACGCAUAUGUUACUACAAGCGUGGAUAUGAUUCAAGAUUUAACGAUUCUUGAGGAAGUUCUACGGAUGAUGCUGGAAAUUAUAAAUAGUUGUUUGACCCAUAGACUCGCACACAAUCCAAAUUUGAUUUACACUCUUCUAUACAAAAAGGAUGUCUUUCAACCCUUUAGAACGCAUUCUGCUUUCCAAGAUAUCGUACAAAACAUUGACUCCGUAAUUAAUUUCUUCUCGUAUAAACUGGAACAAAAGGAUCAAUCACAAUUAGGUGUUAGUCAAGUAUUAGCCACGAUACAACAAGGGACGUUAGAAUGGCCGCGAGAUCGUUUAAGAAAAUUUCCGGAAUUGAAAUUUAAAUACGUGGAGGAGGAACAACCAGAAGAAUUCUUCAUUCCUUACGUGUGGAGCGUCGUUUGUCAAGGAGCAUUAUUGCACUGGAGCGCGGAGAACAUAAAAUUGUUCUCCCCUAAUAACGGCGAACCAACAAUCAUCGUUUGCUGAUACUGAGAUGAGGGAUGCGUUUUGCUAUAAAUUCAAAGACAUACUGUAGGAUAACGCACGAAACCGUGAGUUAAUAAUGAGAAUUAAAAAUAAAGCAAAAAUCUGAGUGACAUUUUCGUUUCGACGAAGGAGAACAGGAACCUUAAGAAUCGAAAUGCAAUAAUGCAAGUGUAUAGAGCAGAGAGACUGUACUGUUUAUUAAUUGAUAUGGCGGAUCGCGAGAAUAAUUAUUGCACGAACUACGUAUCUCCAAAAUGGAAAUAUUACCUGAGAUGAUUUAUCAUGUUUCUAUAUUUGGUACCUUUCCUGUCAUAUCAUUUUCUUGUAUAAUUGUUUUAAUAUUUGUUAUAAAGUAUAAAAGAAGUCGAGAUAUUUUAAAUAUAGUCACCCUCAUUUUGAUGUUGAGCUUUAUCUCGUAAGAUGUAGGAGACACGAUAGUUUACAUUUCUGGAGAUCAGGCUGCAUAACUUUCUUGCAGUUUUGUAUUUGGUAUUUAUAGGUUUAAAUAACAAAUGGAUGCGUAUUAUGCAAACGAGAAUGCAGCAACUGUGCGUCGAUGGGACUGGUUAAAGUUAGCGUGAAUUUUGCAUUACGAACAUUGUUACAACACAAGGUAGACUAAUUUUACGUUACUAGAGAUACCAACUAAUAUGCAUAAGAAGUUACAAUCAUCAAAGUAAUAUCGGCUCCGAAUACUUGUAUAACUUCGAGAAACGAAACUCCUUGCAAUAUCAUCUUCCUAUGUCCUGUAGAACGAGUUUCUCUGUGAAUAAUGUAAUCCCAAAACGAAGUAUAUACCAUUUCGAGAGAAAGAUAUGUAGAAACAUGUAAGAUUAUUAAAGUUUUAAUAAGUUACGUCUUUGUCACGGUAGCCUAACAAAGCAGCAUCGAACAAUGCUUUCGUUUGUGAUCGCCUUUACGUAUAUUUGUACAUAAUUAUAUAGAAUGCGAAGGAGUGAAUUAAGUUUCCAUACCGCUAAUUUAAAACGUCACAACAAUAAUAUAUGUAAAGUUCCCCGCUAUCGUUCGCGCUGUAUAUGUGCAAAUAAUUUUCAUUUACAGUAUACAUAUAUCAAAUAAAAACUUCUGAUAUUUAUAACAAAA